UGCUGACCCUACAGUCCCCCGCUGGAAAUGAUAUCAGUCGCGACUUAGUCGAGGGAGUCCCAGCACACCGCGUUACGCUGUCGAUCGCGCCGUGCCCCUCGCAGAGUAGUUUCUUCCGCGAUAUACUGCACCCCUCCAGCGUGUGUACAUACGUUGCGUCUGAGGAAUCGCAGAUCGCUCAGUCGUGCUAGUUCUAAUAAGCGAAGUCUAUAUAUAUAUAUAUAUAUCGGGGAAUGGAAAAAGUGACCAACGCGAGAAAUACCCCCCCCCCCUCCCCCGCGACCAUCAUCUGCAUAAAGUAAUAUCAGAGAUCUUACAUUGAAGACUGCAAGUACCAGAAGUAACUGUUGGAUAACGCCGUUUGUCGUACACGUUCCUCUGCGGUCGAGAAGAAAUCGCAAACGGGAGCGUGUGGAGUAGAGAGAGGUAAGGCCUUUGCCUCUCUCAAUUCUCACAUUGAGCUUUUCUCUUCCGCCUCUGCCACCGGGGCGCGUUCCGGAGGCACGACGACGAGGAUAUUAAUAGAGUUCAAAGAGCUCGAAGAGAGGAGGUAUUAAGGCACUGGUGCGACAACGAGCGCGAUUCCGACAUCUUUUGCGCUUGAUAGUUUUGUGCUUUUGGAUACGAGAAACUCGCGCAUUUCUAGGAUACGACGAUCACGUGCGAGCCUCAUCGCCACUUUUUUCACCAUUGUCCGUCCCUUCUUUCUCUUCCGCUUUCUUUUUGUCAGACAUAUAUACGUAUAUCCGCGCAUAUAUGUCGCACGUGAAUGACGCGAUACCAGCGCGCUUCAUAAUAGGCGAGCCUGUUUUCUUCGUCGUUUUUGUUCGUCGCAUCUUCAUCCGUAUUUCUUAUCGAUUAAUCGGCUGAUUUUUAAAUCUGUUGCUAACACUGUGAUUUCGAUGGAAGAACGGUUUAUGUUGUUUAAGAUUGUUUCACGGCUCAUCACCGUUGAAAUGACAUUUCUCGAGAAAAUUGUCACGACUGUGGAAUGUAUAUGUGCAGGAAGUAACCGCGUGUAUAUUUGAUAAAGCGACAUCUUAGGAAAUUCCUAAUACGGGAUGCUCUUUACUUUAAGAAAUCAAGGAUUUCUCAAAUCGAUACAAAUCGACGAACGAGCUGUAUGGCUUAGUUUUCACGAUAAAACGUGUCAGCAAAAUUACACUUGAAUCACUUCCAAGGUUAAUAGCACGAUAAAAAUAUGGGCGAGAAAACGUUUAACCUUACAUGGAACAAUCAUCUGGCCAAUCUGUCAGGUUUGUUCGAAGCUCUUUACAAGAGCGGCUCCCUGACGGAUACAACUUUAGCUUGUCAAGGUGGUAUGUUGAGGGCUCACAGAUUGGUGCUAGCAGCGUGUAGCCCUUAUUUUGAAAGAGUAUUUAAGGAACAUUACGGAGAGCAACCCAUUCUGAUUUUAAAAGGUGUUGCUGUCGAGGAAAUGGAAUGCCUCUUGGAUUUUAUGUAUAGAGGAUCUAUUGAUGUAGCGGAAGAACAUCUUCCCUCAUUAAUAAAAACUGCUACUGACUUAGAAAUACGUGGUCUCUCCGGGGAACAUAAAAACCAGGAGAGCAAUCGCAAUCUCUAUACUAAAGUUGAAACGCGAAUGCAACGAUGCCAUAUCGAAACCAGAGUGCAUACCACUGAGUACAUCAAGGAACCAUCAAUGAUUCCUUUUCUACCAAAGCAUUCGACUGUUGAUUCAAUGGAGGAUCACAUUAAAGUAGAGGAUAUUGAAGUAGAAGAUGAUCCGAUGGUGAUUGAUGGGCAUGAGGACAGCUUCGACGAGCUUCCGCAAUCCUCAGAAACGCAAAUUAGACGUAUACCACCUCCGAUGUACAAGCGAGAAACUAGAUUCAAAGGGCAGAAACGAGUAUCCGUAGGCCGCGUGACACGGAAUAAUGAUCCAUUGGAAUCGAAAUCAAAAGACUCCUCGCGAGAAUCGAGUUGUGAAGAUUCUUUAAGAAUCAUUAAAUAUGAGCCUAAUCUCAAUGACGGAUCCGUGAAUGCCGCGACAUCAGGCGUGCAGGAAACUUUAAAAAAUUCGGACGAUCCACCGAAGACAGGCAUAAAGAGAAAAUUCGAGGUUAUAAAAAGAGGAGGAGGAAACGAUGGAAGAGAAACAAGAACACUUAGCAAGUCCGAAAGAACACAACACAAGCCCUUUUCCUGUGAUCUGUGUACUCUGGCUUUUACGAGGGCAUCGCACUUGGCAAGGCACAGAAGAGUACAUACGGGUGAAAGACCCUUUGCCUGCAGUAUUUGUCCGCGAAUGUUCGCUAGACAAGACAAACUGAAACAACAUCUAGAUUCACACUUACAAUGGCCGAAGAGGAAGAGUGGCCAAACAGUUCCAUUGCCGACGAAGGGCAAACGUGGCAGACCACGUAAGGUAGCGAAAGAGAAAGUUAAUUUGGAGCAAUCUGCGAUGGAAGAAAUUUUAAAGUUUGGCGAAUUUAGUUCUCUAUUGAACAAAUCGCAUUCUGCGAAUUCAAAUAAAAAUGAAAAUUCCGGAAAUACUGGUGAUGGCAAAAAGAAAGAAACGCAUCGGAACGAAGAUGACUACUCCCACAGAGAAAAAGACAACCGCGGUUGUCAGGAAUGUUAUAUGCCGAGUGGAAUAUACACACACGACCAAAUAAUAUAUGCAUGAAAAAUACGACUUUACUUCUGCUGUAAACGAUUUGGUCUCUCGAUGCAUUAUUGCGCGAUAUUUUACAAUACGAUAUAUUUAGACUUAAAAUGCAGAAAUGUCCAACUUCGUAUAUAAAGGUAAAUUACUGUGUGAAAUGACGCAUGUGAAUAAUGUUAUUUUAAUGUGAAAGCCUACGUAAGGCGCAUAAUAUAAGUAUAUAUACGUAUAUACACAUAUUAGCGUAAAAUACUCAACACAAGACCAAGUAAAUAUCAACUAACAGUAAUAGAGGAGAAGGUAAUAUUAUAUUAUAGCCUUGUAGAUCAUUAUAGUCACUCGUAAUAUUUUUUGUUAUUAAGUGAAGAAUUCUGUUUUUGUUAGUUUAUUCCGAAUUCCCCUUGGGACUGCCGGGGUGUUUUCAAAGGAAAUCGCCAAACUCUUUACAUCCUUCUUCUCAUUAUCACAGUUAGAUACAUUCAUGUAAGUAAAAAAUUGCACUUUAAACCUCUUCAUACGAAAUACAAACAAACGAUUACACAUAGCAA